GGCAAGCCACUAUCUAAACCAAGCUGCACCGCGUUCAAUCAACCAUCCCAAAACAACGACACCAAAAAAUAAAAUAAAAUAAAUGGACCCUCGAGAAAUCCUCGACUCGGAAGACGACGGCGAUGGCUUUGACAAUGACCAAGAAGAAUAUGGCGAAACCCUAGUCCCUCCUGAUGCAGUUGUCGAACAGCAGGCAGCAGCGCCACCUGCAGCAAGCGCCGCCAUAAACAACGUUGCUGCCACAAAUAUCAGCACCACCGCCCUCUCGACCGAUUCGUCUUUUUUUGAGAGGGUGUAUGAGGGGCAGUAUAUCGCUUUUGAUCUGGAACAACCAGUGGCUGCGACAACAGUAACAGCAACAGAAAUGCCUCCUUCUACGCGGAAAGCCACCGGCCGUGCAAAGGCCAAAACCAACGUUGCGGUUGUCGAUUUAACCACCCCGCGAAAAACAGACGUGUGGGACUUUCCGGGGAGUUCCCUCCCCCCAACCGCUGAGCCGGGUUCGCGUCGGUCGGCGAGGAAGCGCGCGCAGGUUGGGGUUGGAGUUGGGGAAGAGGAGGAGGAUCCGUAUGCCUUUCCAGAGUCAACUCCGGCCGCGAAAAGGACAAGACGCAGUCUUGGUGCGGCUGCUAGCCCUGUUGCGCUUGUGGGGGGGGGGGGUAUGUAUGUCGCCACGAGUGAGAUGACGGCCAGUCAGAAGGAGCAGCAUGUGGCCGUGUCGUUGCCCAAUUCGUCUACGAGUGAGGUGAUGGGAGGGACAUUGCCGACGCUGCCGCACGGGGAGGGGCAGAGCUCGAGCGGGGGGACGUUGAGUACUAUUGCUUAUACUACGCCGAGUAGGAUUGGGAGUUCGGACAGGAGGGACAUCUCGUCUAUGGGUGGUGUUGGUUCGUCUGUUGGUGGUGGUCUUGGUAGUGGUGGGGGGGAGAUUGACACGCCGGCAAGGUAUCAGUCAUCACCGGAUGUGUUGAACGACAUGGCGCCUCCUUCGACCGGCAGCAAGAGAAAGGCCAGGGGUAAAACGGACAUGAAGCCUCCCACCUCGACUGCUUCGGGCCGCAAAACCAAAAAGAGGCGCAUCAUUGAGGACGAAGAAGAUGGUGACUUUGGAGCUGAAAACGACCAGAGCCAUGUUUCUGAGGAUAUCUCAACGGAAGUCAUCCCUCAAGCUGAACCGGAACCACAACCAAAGAAGAAACGCGGCCGGAAAAAGAAGGAGCCUGUACCCCCGCCGGAGGAGGCAGCACCGGAUGUAGAGCUUAGUGAGCUCUACCACCCUGACGCGGAAGCUACUGCUUCAGAGGGGCAGGUGGCCCCAUUGCCGGAUAUGGAGUGUGAGGCUGCACCUGAGGCUGUCGAGCCUGAGCCCGUGGUGGAGGAGCAAGCGCCUGUCAAGAAACGGAGAGGUCGGCCAAAGAAGGCGGAUACGGUGGCCAGGACACAGCAUGUUGUUAUUGAGGUGAAGGAGGAGGGUGUUGAGGAGCUGAGGGAGCCGUUGGCGGAGGUGCCUGCGAACACUCAGACAAAUGGGAAGAAGACUCCUGCUAGGAAGGGGAAAGGGGGUAGAAAGAAGAAGGAGGUGGUUGUUGGUUCUGAGGUGGAUGGGGAGGGUGAUGAUGGGGAGUGGGGGGAGAAGAAACUGGUAGAGGAGCAAGAAGAGGUGGCUGAGGAGAAGAAGGAGACGAAGGUGGAGGUGAAGAAGGUGAAGGAGGAAAAGGUGGUUGCUGGGGGGACUCCGAUCAAGCCGGCGGGGUAUAGGGUUGGGUUGAGCAAGAGGAGCCGGAUUGCGCCGUUGUUGAAGUCGCUGAGAAAGAAUUGAGGGAGUGUGGGAUUGGAUGGCAUGUUUUGAUUGUUACUGUUACGGAUAGUAGGGAUACCCUUUGCUUUAUUGCUGUGUUGGACUGGGGGGAGGGGGUCGGAUGGACGUGGGAAGGUUUUAUGGGGAUGGGAUGGUGUAAAGGAUGUAUUGUGUAUAUGCUCCUGUUGUCCAUUGGCAGGGCAAGGUAGCUCUCGGGAAAUGAUACUCGCGUGAAGAGAGACGGAAUAUUGUGUCUUGUCAUCUUGAGCUCUA